AUGGGUGACAACGACGUUGAGAUGGAGGACGUGGUGGUCAACGCUGAGAAAUCGAAGGGCAGAGGACUUGCACAGACCCGAAAUCGUGAAAAGAUCACAUACGACGUUGUCGAUGAGGAGUCAACUGCUGCCAGUGGUGGACCACAAAGAUCUGUCGAAGGAUGGAUUGUGUUUGUGACGAACAUCCACGAGGAAGCCACUGAGGAUGAUGUGCACGACAAGUUUUCCGAGUACGGAAAAAUCAAAAACAUUCAUCUGAAUCUCGACAGAAGAACUGGAUUUUUGAAGGGAUAUGCGCUCGUUGAGUACGAAACGCAGAAGGAAGCUAGCGAAGCAAUCGAGAAAAGCAACGACACUGAUUUGCUCGGACAGAACGUGAAGGUUGACUGGUGUUUCAUCAAGGGAAAGAAAACAUCUGGAAGACGUUAA